AUGUCCGCCCCGAAGCUAGCAAGCCGAGUAUCGAGUUAUAGGAAGCCCGUCCCAAAAUUUAUCCCCUCACCUCCUGCUUCACCCCGCGGUUCCCCGACGAGCUCUGCAAACCGACUGUCUUUUUCUCAUGCGUCUGCAAAUUCGGAUGCACCUCCUCUACCUCCCGACUGGCGUGACGUUAUUGACCGAGCGGUAUCCCGGGACAGGAGAACUACGCCUACUCUGCCUGCUAUUGACACGGUUGUGGACUCAUCGAGCCACGACGCUCAUGGGGCCGACACCGAAUUCUCUGCGGAAAGGUUGUCUCCUUCAACUACCGAUUUGGGAACAUCGGGGACCAUGACUUUCACCCCUCCUACACCUACUGAAAGUUACCACGAUGACGAACUCGUGUCUCGCCCGACUUCCCCCACGCCUUGGGAACACCAAGUCCGCUCCACCGCAAAGUGGCUGCCGUCUUAUCAAGAGGUACGUGUAAUCUUCAAAUAUUUCCCGAUCGAGUCUUCAUACUCCAGACUCUAUAGGAAUACCGCCCACCAACGCCCCCACUCCCUAACCAGCGCAAAAGAUCCAGAUCAGCUGAAUCGGGAUGUGACUCGCCAACAGCCUACUAUCAUAUCACAGCUAGCACCCCACUCCACGCUUCCGUUGGCCUCUCGUGACCCUGAGCACGGCGCGGCUAUCUCGCUAGAAAGGUCUGAACCUCCACCUCUGCCUCCCAAGCCUUCUUCGCUGCCGACGCCUCCCGCAAGCCUGCUGACUCAUGGGAUCUCCUCUCCUCCGUAUCAUGCUGGGCAUGAUAAGUCUUCUCAUACCACGUACUCUCCUGGUCACGAUAGGCGUCCCUCCACUCUCAAUUCGACUCUUAAUUUCACCAUUAAUUCUGAUAAAUGCACCAGUUACGAGGGCAAUGCUCCCUCUACUCGUGGCCUUGUUACUAAGAUAGAGGCUUCUGGGAACGCCUCUGAGUUUUCACCCAUUCACGCCGGUCAAGACAUGGCUAUUCGUACAAAGCGAGGCUGGUGGCACUCUGUCGCAAGCGGCUUCAAGCGUUUUAUGUCUAGCCUGUGUUGUCUGUAA